AUGGCCGAGCCUGUGGGGCCUAGGGGGUCGGCCUCCUUCAGCGACUUUAAGUUUGGCGCUGUGGACACGCAGACGAUCGAAGACGCCCUGCUCCACCUGGUCCAGGAGAAUGAGAGGGCGGUGCGGGAAGCCCGGGGGCAGGCGGGCAGCUUCAGGGACACCCGGAUCGUGGAAUUCGUUUUUCUCCUGUCUGAACAAUGGUGCCUGGAAAAAUCCGUGAGCUACCAGGCAGUGGAAAUCCUAGAAAGGUUCAUGGUUAAGCAAGCAGAAAGCAUCUGCAGCCAAGCAGCACGUGUGGUGAGAGGGAGUGAGAAAGCAGAGCCCUGGAGCUGGAGGGCCCAGAAAGAAGAGCUCUGCAAUACAUUUGUACUUCGACUUGUGUCAUGUGUUCAGCUGGCAAGCAAACUUUCCUUCCACUACAAAAUAGUCAGCAAUGUUACAGUCCUGAAUUUCCUCCAGGCUCUAGGGUACCUUUAUACUAAAGAAGAACUACUGGAGUCAGAACUUGCCAUUCUGAAGUCUUUAAACUUCCAAAUCAAUCUACCUACUCCUCUGGCAUAUGUGGAGAUGCUUCUAGAAGUUUUAGGGUACAAUGGCUGUUUGAUCUCAGCCAAACAGCUGCAUGGAACCUGCCUGACAUUACUUGACUUGGUCUAUCUCCUGCAUGAAUCCAUCUAUGAAAGCCUGCUGAGGGCAUCAAUUGAGAACUCUACCCCCAUGGAGCAGGGGGGAAAAUUUGUAUCAGUGAAAGAAGACUUCAUGCUUUUGGCAGUUGGGAUCAUUGCAGCCAGUGCUUUCAUCCAAAAUCAGGAGUGGUGGGGCCAGGUUGUGGAGCACUUACACAGUAUCACUGGUAUCGCCACUGAGAGCAUUGCUGAGUUUUCACAUGCAAUCCUGACACAUGGGGUAGGAGCCAGCACCCCAAUUCGACAGCAACCUGGUCUGCACCACCUGGCAGCCAGACCACUGAGAGCUGCUGCCACCUGCAACAUGUGA